AUGGAAACAUUCUGCCAAGAAUACCUGUCACAUAAAGGCACCCUGGUGAAACCCUAUUACUGGCUAGCAAUGAGCCCAAACUGCACUGAGUGCCCCUAUCACAUACAAACAGGCGAAGAAGCAAGAGUGCCUUAUGUAGAAUUUCACAGGGCCUUUGGCUUCCCAUAUGGGCCAAUACAUCACCAAAACAAACACCUUCUCUUUUAUGAACUGAGGCACUUCUCAGGUAACUUAAUGCAAAAGGGCCAUGCUACAAACUGCACAGAGUACAACAUUCAUCCAGAAUCAAUGCUGUUUGGGAUGGGUGGUUAUCUAGACUCAGUUGUCCAAACUUGUGAGAAUGCUGCCUACAUAAUUAUUUAUUCAAACUACACCCCUUGCAACGAGGCGGAACAUGGCUGUAUAAGCAAAAUUUACAGCUUCUUGACAAAGUACCCAGACAUCACACUCUGCAUUUAUUUCUCACAGCUGUAUCACACAGAAGAGGAUUUCCCAGUGUCCACGUGGAACUGUGAAGCUUUACGGAGCCUUGCUAGCAUGUGGCCUCAGGUGAUAUUGAGCCCACUCUGUGGUGGACUUUGGCAUUCUGUCCUCUACAGUUUUGUGACAACCAUGCCACAUGCAACUUCUUUUCAUCCAGUUUUGCCUGUAAGAGCCCUGAUGGACAGACAAAAUGCACAACGAAUUAACAACAUAACAGGGAAAAAGUUUCCUUUUAUGAACACCCUGCCUCAGCCAAUCUAUGGAAACCCAACUGCUGUGCCAAAUUUGCAAAAGUACUAUCUGUCUACUUCAGACACUCCACAUCCAACACAAAUGAUGAAUAGCAGAUUGCCCCCACUGAGGAUGCCACCACAUUUAAUGCCUCCCUUCAAUGUUUUGCCCCCUUUUGGAAGGCAACCAUUAUACUCCAGACCUAAAAAUGUUGUCAGACAUUUAAAGAUGCCAGAUGAGUCAUUAAGUGAAGCCAAACUUUUGCAAGUAAUUCCAAAUGGAAGAUCUUUUCAUGUGGAAAGAAUUACUGAACAACUUUCAGACAGCAAGUCUGCAGCACAUAAAGGCCACAGAAAGAAAAAACAUUAAAUUCACCUCAUCUAAAAAUCUAACACAGAUCUGGACAAUGAAUUCACUUGGAACACAUGGCUACAAAGGAAGCAUACAAUGAUCUGGAAGCAUUGGACCUAACUUCCAUAGACAAAAU